AUGGCUGUGGGUGUAAGCUGCCUCAUUGGCCUCGUGGUGGCAAGGGAAGUCCCGUCGUGUACCAGCCCGGAACCUUCGGCAUGUCUUGACUCGGCGCCUUUUUUCCCACUGGCGAGCAACGUGGAGAACCAUGUUGUUGCCCUCCUCACCACGUCACAGCUCAUGAUGGCCAACAUUUCAUCAACUCUGCCGCAUCAAUGUUUUCAUCACGCCACCCUCUCGCUGGCGUCGCCUCUCUCGUCCUCGUCCUCUGCUUCGUUGUUCUUUGUCAAUGCAGAGCUCAACGGCAAUGCCUUCAUCGAUGAGUUUGUCGCCGUCGUCUGGUCGCCGGCGUUUGACAUUCAGCAUGCUGCCUCUUUCUCGACUCUGAUGGCGAGUACUAGUCCGGCUGUUCCAGCAUUGUCUGUCAUGCACUCGGCCGAGAUGAUCGGAAAGUUUCUCCUCGUCGCCGCCGACGUGGCUGGAUCGGCAAAGCUCCUUGUCUAUGCCCGGUCGUCAGGCUUUUCCGCUCUUGACUACGAGAUCACCGCGGCGCCAGUGAGCGCCUCUGGGUCGCUUUGCGUCUCGUCGGCGCCAGAUCGAUCUGCGCUUGUCCUUGCCAUUGCCGACGGUGCCUCGCUCUCGGCCUUUAUCUGGCGCCCGGCGUCGCCAGCCUCACUCGCCUCCUUUCCGCUCCCGGCGGCGUACACCGCACCACUUGGUGCCGAACUCACCUCGUGCGCCAUCGGCGACGUGCAAGGCUCUGGCGACCUUGCGCUUGUGGCAGGCUUUGCCUCUGUGGGUGCGCUUGUCGUCCUCCCACCCUCGGCCGCUGCCACCGCCUACAACGUCUUUGCCGAUACUCUCCCUGCGGCACUCAUCGGCAUGAACCAGGUAUCGCUCGCCUGGAUGCCAUCGACAAGCUCUGACGCAAUCUUUGUCGGCCUGCCCGACUCGUCGCGGCUUGUCUGGGCUGCGCCGCGUGCCAGCCCGGCGCUCCUCCACUCGUUUGUCAAUCUGCCCGCCGCGCCCACUGCCGUCGUCGCGCGCCACUCGGCGGCCGUUCACACCUUUGUGGCGUACUCGGUCGUUGGAAGCUCAACUCUUCGCCUAGCAUCGAUCACCGCUGCUGGUGUGACGUUUGCCCAGCCAGCGUCAGCCUACACCGGUCUCACCGCCAGCCAGGCCGAGGAUAUGGCGCUCGGGUACUUUGACACUGACGCCCACCUUGACGUCGCAGUCGCCGUUGGCAACUCGAUUGUGUGGCUGACCAACACUGGCCACGCCACCAACACCGUCUCGUUUGCCCUCGGCGGAACUGUUGCUGCAGCCACCAAGGUCGCUGACGUGGUCGCUCUCGACGUCGACGCCGAUGGUGUCGACGACAUUGUCGCCUCGUGGGAUACCGGCAUGAGCGUGUACCACAACACCAAUGGUGAUGGCUCGCUCUGGACGGCAUCGACCCUCACCACGGCCUAUGGCGUAACUGUCAUUAAUAUGGCGGUUGUCGACAUCGACAACGACGGCGCACCCGACAUUGUUGCCGGCUCGCGCAGUCCGUCCGAGCUUUUCUGGAUUCGCAACGACUGGGUCUCGUCGUCAGCCUUUGCGCCACUUGCACUCAUCACUGCGCCGUCAGCCCAGGUCACAGGCACUGCUGGCGGCGACAUCAACCAAGACGGAACGACCGACGUGGUAUACGUCAGCAAAGACGACGACCGCGUCGCCUGGGUCCCCCAUCUCGACGGCGCGGGCUCGUUUGGCACCGCCGUCACCAUCGCCACUCUAAACGCGGUGGUCGAUGUAGCAGUCGGCGACUUUGACGCAGACGGCGAUCUUGACAUCGCCGCCGCUGCUGCCGUAGGGAUCAACGCCAACCGCGUCUUCUGGAACACUGAGGUAGCUGGAUCAUUUGACCCCGUUCCGCUCGUUCUUGCCUCUUCGGGUAUCAAAAUCCACUCGGUCGACCUUGAUGCCGACGGCGACAUCGACAUCCUCACAGCCGGCCAAACCCAAUUUGGGACAGACGCGUACAUCUCUGACGGGGCAGGCGCGUUUGCCCGCACACUUGCCGUCUACAACCUUGAGGUCCUUGCUGGUGGGAAUAUCAAAGAGACGCUCGCUGGUGACGUCACUGGCGACGCCGUCAUUGACAUCCUCUCGCUCGACCGCAGCUCGGGCACUGUCUAUGGCUCUCGCGGCGUUGUUGUCCCACGUGCCAUCACCCUCGCCGACACCCUCACUGACCUCACCGCUCCAUUCAGUAACGUCAAUCACGUCGCCGCUGCAGACUUUAAUGCCGACAACAACACCGACCUUGUCAUGGUUGCCGACUACUCGGACGACGUGUACCUUGUCCUUAACUCGGGCAGUGGCACUUUGGGCGCGCUCAGCCUCGGCGCUGCGCUCGCCACCAACUACGGCAUUCCGCGCUAUGUCCUGGCCUGCGACGUUGACUUGGACGGGGAUGCCGACGUUGUUGUCGUGUACAACAGCCCGGGCGAGGUUGUUGGCUACGAGAACGACGGCACUGGCGGCUUUGGCUCGGAACGUGUGCUCGCCAGCGGCGUCUCUCCGCAAGGCGCAGUGCUUGGCGACUUGGAUGGCGACGGUGACCCGGAUCUUGUGGUCGGCUUUGAUGACUCGCUCGAGCUCCACCGCAACGCCGACGGCGGUUGGUCAUACGUCUUGCUUGCCGUCCUUGACACUGCGCUUGGGCACGAUGUGACAGCGCUCGAGCUGGCAGACGUCAACGGCGACACGUACGUUGAUGUUGUUGCUGGCACCAACAACGCCGCCUCGUUUGGUCUUGUGUGGCUGCCGAACACCGACGGCGCUGCCUCGUUUGGCAGCCGCAGUAUCAUCGAGGCGGCGGUGAACAGGAAUUUGGACUCGAUUGCCACUGGCGACGUCGACUCGGACGGCGACGUCGACAUUGUUGCUGCUGUCUCGGAUAACCGGCGACUGCGGCUGUACCGCAACGUGAACGGGCUGGGGACGUUUGGCGCCUUUGAGGUUCUUGUCGAGGGCCUGGUCACUCCGCGUUGGAUCUCGCUCGUCGACAUCGAUGCCGAUGGCGACCUUGACGUGGCGGCGGUGGCCGAUGGUGCUGCCACAUUCUUUGUGCAGUACAACGUGGAGGGUCUUGGCGGCUUCUCCACCCCGGUCUACGUCGACAUGUCGACGCCUGAUUUGAACCAUGUUGUCCUGCUAGACUUUGACGGCGACGCCUUUGUUGACUUUGUCACCGUCUCGCGGGCCAACGGAGGAAGCGACAAGUCGGACCUUCGUGUCUACUCGUCAGCGCCGUCGCUUCAUCCGCUUGUUGCGGAAACAGUGGCGGUGACGUGUACUACGGUUGGCUGCAUCGAGACUGCUAUUGCAGCUGCUCCGCCGUGUACCCACACCCGGAUUGAGCUUGCGCCGGCCGCCGUCAUCGGCUGCUUUCCGGAGCACCAUCACGAGGUUGCGACCAAGUCGGUGGUGGUUGCUGCCGCCGUCCCGGGCACAGUCAUCAUCGACUGUGGGGCCGGGACCGGAGUCGGCCUCUUCCACGUCACUGCGGGAGCACACCUUGUGUUUGACGGGCUCGUGAUUCGCGGCGGCAACGCCAACGCGCUCUCGAUUGCGCCGCGGCAGGGAUUGCUCCGUGUCUCGGGCCGCGGUUCUGUCCUCGUCCUCCGCAACUGUGUGUUUGACGCCAGCGUGAGCGGCGGCGCGGUGGGAGUCGAGGCUGGUGGGGCGCUCGAGGCAGUCGAUGUUGUUUUUGCGGACGUGCGCCUCGCCAAGCUCUCAGGCGCAGCCCGCGACGCGGUCCCGGCACGCCAGGGCGCGGUCGAGGGUGGGGCGGUCCUCCGCGUCUCGGGUGCAGGCUCGUCAGCAACGCUUACCAACGUGAGCAUGGCGCGGUGCGGGCCUGCGGAUGACCUCUAUGGCGCAGUCGGCGGCGCGGUGCUGGUCGAGGCUGCACCGGGCGUGAGUCUUCGGCUUGUCCGCGAUGUGGUCAUUGCCGAUGGAGCCGGGUUGCCGUUUGUGGGCGGUGCAGUGGCGGUGGUCGGCGCCAAUGCGUUGGCCGACAUGACCGACUUGGCGGUGGAGGUGGGCGGCGGGAUGUUUGCCCGCAACCGCGCGGUGUGGGGCGGGGCGCUGGGCGUGGCCGACUCGCUUGCAGUUCUCCCGCCGCACCAGUCUGGGCGCGAGUACGGCUCGACGUCACUGGUUCUCGAUGCGGCGGCGCCAGCCGGCGGAGCGAGCGCGCAUGUGGCAGUGGACAUGACGGGUGCUGGGCUCGUGUCCAACUCGGCGACGUACGGCGGGGCAGUGUUUGUGUGCGGGGCUCGAGUCGUCGGUGCGCCCGGAACCGCGGCGGGGAACUCGGCAGAAAGCGGCGGCGGCUUUGGCUUUGUUUGCCACUCGCCGGCGCUCGGCAUUGGCCCGCUUGUUGCACCUGCUAGCCACCCGUGGCUCUCGGCGGGCGCGAAUAGCAACGCGAUCAUCGAUUCGAGAGCAAGCUACGGCGAGGUGUGGGCGUCUGGUGUGGCGUCUGCGACUGUGGUCAAGGCCGUGCAAGCUGAGCUCAUGGUGGGACAAAGCCUGAAUCCAUCGCCGCAGGUUGAGUACCGCGACGUGUUUGGCACGCCUGUGGUUGACGAGCGAGUGGCGGUUGUGGCUACGGCGGCGGUGGCGCCGGCGACUGCGGCGAGCGAUGUGGCUUUGCUGGCGGGGACUCGGACGGAGACGCUUCUCUCGUCGCCACUUGCAGUGUUUGCCUCGACGACGGCGUCGCUGCUAUCACGUGAGGCACUUGACGAGACGCCGGACCUUCGUCUGGCGCUUAGUCUUGGCGGGACGCGGUUGCCGGCGGUGACUGUUGGGAGCGUGGCCUUGGCGGCGUGCGGCGAUGGGUUUGGGCUGGACUUGGAUGCGGCGAACCAGAUCCCGGCCGAGUACCGAUGCAGCACGUGCGCGACCGGGACGGUGUCGAGCGAGACAAGCUUGGCAGUCUGUACCGCAACGUUUGUCUGUCCCGAGCCGUCUGUCCUUGCUACGCCGACGCUCUGCCUACUCUGCCCCAAGGACACGUUCUUUGCAGCCGAUGCGUUUGCCGCUGCGCUGGCCAACGGGACAGUCACCAACAGCGCGACUGCAAGCGAAGCGUCGGCGUACUGUGGAUGCGUGUCAGGGUACUGGUCGCCGGCGGGGCGUGAUCCGACGACGCCAUGCGUGGAGUGCCCGCGCGGCGCGCGGUGCAGGGCCGGUCUGCAGCAGCGGCCCGAGGCCCUGGCGGGCUUUUUCGACAUGGGCAGCGCAAACGGCGAGCCCAAGUUUGUCGAGUGCCCGCGGCGGAAGCAGUGUGCAGGCGGGCGGCUGGGAGCCUCGUGCGCGGCGGGCGCUACUGGCCGGUUCUGCGCACGGUGCUUGGACGAAUGGUUCCCUGCGCCACAGGGCGAGUGCGUCAAAUGCUCGGCGUCUUCGCUGGGCGCGAUGGUUGCUGUUCUUGUGCUGGUGGUGGGGCUGGUCAUGGCCGUGAUCGGGGUCUCGCUGCGCAAGAUGGGUGAGGUGCGAGCCGGAGGCGGCGAAAUCCGCGCCGAGGGCGAGGAGCGCGGCGACGUAUUGCUGCUGCGGCUGGACUCGCGGCAUCCUGCGUCUCGGGUGCCUCGUGCGCUCUCUGCACUGCUGCUCUAUCUUCAGGUGCUGGACCUGCUGGGCAAGUCCGACUUUAACUGGCCGAGCUCUGUUGACCAUGCGGUGGGCGUGGCGUCUGUGGGCGCGUUGGAUGUGGGUGCGUUCAUCAGCACGUGCGAUACUGGGACGUUCUACACGGCGUACAUGAUCAAGGCGCUACUGCCGAUUGGUCUUGGGCUGCUCGCCAGCUGUGGGUUGGUGGGAUAUGGGCUCGGGCGUGGGCGGCUGGGCGAGAGCUUGGCGACGCUGCAGCGUGUGGUGAUCACUGUGGGUCCGCUGAUGUACAUUCCGUGCGCCAAGGCGAUUCUCACGAUUUUCGACUGCACCAAGCUUCCUGAUGGGACGUACUACCUUGAUGCGGAUCUUGCGGAGCGGUGCGGGUCGUCUGAGUGGGUCUUUGCUGCUACAGGGGUAGGCUUCCCAGCGACGGUGCUGUUUGUGGUCGGCCUGCCGGCGUUUAUCGGCAGCUCGUUGUGGCGGGCGCGGCAGCGGCUGUACACGCGCGAGGUUGUUGGGCGGCUUGGGUCUGUCUACACGGCGUUCCGCGAGUCGUUCUGGUGGUUCGAGGUCGCGCUGCUGGGCAAGCGGCUUGUGCUUGUAGGCGUGGCGCUCUUCCUCUCGUCGUUGCAAAUCUGGCUUGUGGGCGGGCUGCUUGCGGUGUUCCUCGGCUUUGCGGCGAUCCAGCUGAAGCACGAGCCGUUCUUCCGGCCAGUGCACAACACGCUGGAAGUGCGGCUCAACGUGGCGCUCUCAUUUGUUCUCCUCUUUGGCUUUGUCUUUUACGCAGACCGAUUCCCCAACUCGGGUUCGCGGUUGGUGUGCGAGAUCCUCCUCUUUUCAGCGAUCGGGCUCGGGCUUGCGGCGAUUGCGGUUGCAGCGCUGGCUGAAGUCCGCGAGGCGCGGCGUGCACGCGUGAGCGCGGCGGCCUUUGUCGGCGAGCGCGACGCCGAGUCGUCGCGGCUGCGGGCCUGGAAGCGAGUCUCUGAUGCUGCCAGUGAGUUUGUGCCGCCGGAGCAGCUCGAGGCGUGGCAAGCAGCGGUGCUCCACCCAGACCUUGGCGAGGAGACGUCUGUCGAGCUUGGCAAGUUUGGUUCUGUGCCAGUCUUUGUGGAUAACGAUGACUCGGUCGGGUUGGACAUUGGGGGAACGUUGACCAAGAUCGUCAUCUUUACCCCGGCCGCCCACUCGUCAGAUGUGGAGGCCUUUGUCAGGUCGUCGGACAGGUACGGCGAGACUGGGAAACAUGAUGUGCAUCUGCAGCGGGCGGUGCCGGAGCUCGGUGGCUCGCUGUUCUUUGUCACCUUUGAGACGUGCGCCAUGUCGGGCGCCAUCCGGCUUAUUGAGCAAUCGGGCCUGGCUGGCAAUGAUGGACAGAGUGAGCAGAAUGGGCGGAGCGGGCGGAGCGGGCGGCUCGGGGCAACGGGUGGUGGGGCGCACAAGUAUGCCGACGCCAUCCGCGGCACGCUCGGCGUUGAUCUGGGCAAGAUGGACGAGAUGCAGUGCCUGGUGGCGGGCAUGGCGUUCCUGCUCACGUCUGUGGGUGAGGAGGCGUACUCGCUCGAGUUUGACCGGCCGGAGCGGGCGACGGCUGAGGCGACGCGUGCGGCGCUGCUCGAGUUUGCGGUCUCGCGCAAGUCGUGGGAGGUGCCGCGGUCAAUCUCGGGCGGAGCGUUUCCGUUCCUCUUGGUCAACAUCGGGUCCGGCGUCUCUGUCAUUCUCGCCGAGUCGUUUGACACGUUCUCGCGGGUCUCGGGCACAGCGCUGGGCGGAGCCACCUUUCUGGGCCUCGCCAAGCUGCUGCUUGGGGUGGAGACGUUUGACGAGGCGCUGGAUCUUGCGGAGCAGGGCGACGUGACCAAGGUCAACAUGACGGUGGGCGACAUCUACGGCGGCGACUACGUGGGCUCUGACUUUGUGCUGCCGGCGUCGCUGACGGCGUCGUGCUUUGGCAAGCUUGUGGCGCGGGCCGGGACGCCUGCGGCGACCGACGCGGCGCAGCACUCGCGGGCGGAUCUCGCCCUGGCGCUGCUGGUCAUGAUCUCACAGAACGUGGCGCAGGUCGGGUUCCUCAACGCUCAGCGACUGGGCAUGGACCGGAUCUUCUUUACGGGCAACUUUCUGCGGCACGAGCCGAAGCGGCACACGCCGAUUGCGCAGCGGACGCUCGCGUUCUACGUCGCGCUCUGGUCGCAGGGCGAGAUGGAGGCGCUGUUUAUGCGGCACGAGGGGUACUGCGGCGCGGCGGGCGCGCUUGUGCUGGAGCAGUAG